UCUAUUCUUCUUUCCUUUUCGUGCGGCCGUGUCACCGCGUGGUUCACCGCCGCGUUUCAACAAGAAACAAUCAAAAUGGCUAUCAGACCAGUAUAUAGGCCCAAAAUCGUCAAAAAGAGGACGAAAAGGUUUAUCCGCCAUCAAUCGGAUCGCUAUGAUAAACUCAAGCGAAACUGGCGUAAACCGAGAGGUAUUGACAACAGAGUGCGCAGGCGUUUCAAGGGCCAGUACUUGAUGCCGAGUAUCGGGUACGGAUCCAACAAGAAGACCCGUCACAUGCUGCCCAACGGUUUCCGCAAGGUCCUCGUCCACAAUGUUCGUGAACUGGAAAUCCUGAUGAUGCAGAACAGGAAGUACUGCGCGGAGAUCGCGCACGGCGUCUCCUCAAAGAAGCGGAAGACAAUCGUGGAGCGCGCCCAGCAGCUCAGCAUCAAAGUGACCAAUGCUGCCGCGAGACUGCGCAGUCAGGAGAAUGAAUAAGUUUAUAAUAAAGUGUAAAAAAAUGUUGCUGG